AUGGCUGCUCCAUUCUCCGAGGGUGUCGGGACAAAAGUCCCUCUUACACUCCGAUUUUCGACGGUUGCUGGUGAGUCGGGAAGCCCGGACACCAAUCGCGAUCCUCGUGGAUUCGCCAUCAAACUGCGAACAUCAAAGGGAAUAUGGGAUUGGGUUUUCAACAACACUCCGGUCUUUUUCCUCAGGCACGUGCAGCUUGACUGGAUUAUAAAUCGUUACUCACGUACGAUUCAGGGAUCCCACCAAGUAGGGCUUGUUGCAGCGUCAUCAACUCUUCCAACAUCAGCCACAGAUUCCCUCUGUUCAUUCACAGUCAGAAACGCGAUCCAGAGACCAAUCUUCGCUCCCCAACUAUUCAAUGGUUUUAUAUUUGCUGUCGUGAUAAACUUUUUUCUAAUCUUUUCGACCAGGGAUUACUGGUCACAAAAUCAAGAGGCUAUCGGUCAAGUCAUGCGACUCUUCUCAAACCGUGGAACCCCGAAAUCAUGGGCUCAGAUGGAUGGCUUCAGUGGGCACACCUUCAAAUUCGUUACAGCCUCGGGAAGCUGGCACUACGUCAAGAUCAAAGCUACAUCAAAACAGGGAAUUGAGAACUUCAACGCAACCACAGCAUUGCAACUCGCCGCAAGCAACCCGGACUAUCUCACACAAGAGUUAAGAGAACGUAUCGAUGCUGGCAAUUUUCCGACGUGGGAGGUUGGGAUACAAACAAUGACCCUUGAAGAAAGCAAGAAGUUCCCUUACGAUGUCAACGAUCUAACAAAAGUCUGGCCCGAAGACCAGUUCCCUGUGCAGCCAGUUGGCAACAUCGUACUGAACAAAAAUCCUCAAAACUGGUUUGCGGAAAUUGAACAGCUCGCCUUCUCCCCCGGAAAUCUACCUCCUGGUGUUGAACCCUCCAACGAUCCGGUCUUGCAGUCUCGUAUAUUCUCCUAUCCUGACACUGCUCGCCAUCGCCUUGGUCCCAACCACCUGGAAAUUCCCAUCAAUUGCCCUGUGUCUGUGAACAACUUCCAACGUGCUGCGUGGAUGCGGGUUGACGGUGGAGCCGGGAAUCUUGCCCCUUCAGCACCAAAUUAUCCAUCCUCUUUUGCCUCUCCCGUCAGAUAUGCUCCCCGGCCUUACGAUCUUUCCAUGAUCGCCGAUCCUCUUGAGGGCCCUGCCUUGGUUAAAGCCAGCUACAAAUUGUCGCCCAAGGACUUUGAACAGCCGAAUCAGCUGUUCAACAAGGAAUUUUCGGACGACGAACGCUCCUCUAUGAUUGCGAACGUAAUCACAGCGCUCAACAGCGUGACCGUCAAUCAAGUCAAGCAGCGUUCGUUGGACAUGUUUGCAUGCGUUGAUCCUGCUAUAGCCCAGAAAAUUGGUGCUGGUAUUGGCUUGAAAGCAUCAUCGCCUCUGUCCUGCGGGAAAUGA